AGUGCACUUCUCUUCCGGAAGUGGCGCCGCUAUGGCGGAGGGGAGCGGGCCUUCCCUCGACGGACGGCCUCACGACUGUCCGGGCACUGACAGCAAUGAAGCAGGCAAGGCUGAUGCUUGCCAAGGAUGCCCCAACCAGGGCUUGUGUUCCUUGGGACAACUUGCUGGCCCUGACCCAGCUAUUGAGGAAAUCAAGGAAAAGAUGAAAACUGUCAAGCACAAGCUGCUGGUGUUGUCUGGGAAAGGAGGUGUGGGUAAGAGCACAUUCACUGCUCUCUUGGCCCACGGAUUAGCAGAGGAUGAAACGACGCAGGUUGCCGUGCUGGACAUUGACAUUUGUGGACCAUCCAUCCCCAAAAUCAUGGGCCUUGAGGGAGAACAGGUUCAUCAAAGUGGGUCUGGCUGGUCUCCAGUGUACGUUGAAGAAAACCUGGGUGUGAUGUCAGUGGGGUUUCUGCUGAGCAGCCCUGAUGAUGCCGUUAUUUGGAGAGGACCGAAAAAAAACGGGAUGAUUAAGCAAUUUCUUCGGGAUGUGGACUGGGGUGAAAUUGACUACCUGAUUGUAGAUACCCCUCCAGGAACAUCAGAUGAACAUAUAUCCAUAGUCCAGUUUCUCAGCAGUGCCAGAGUUGAUGGGGCAGUGAUCGUCACCACCCCACAGGAAGUGGCACUUCAGGACGUUCGGAAAGAGAUCAGCUUCUGCCGUAAGGUGAAGCUACCUGUCAUUGGAGUGGUGGAAAAUAUGAGCGGCUUCGUAUGCCCCAAAUGUAAGAAAGAGUCCCAAAUAUUUCCUCUCACCACGGGGGGCGCAGAGAUGAUGUGCCGCACCUUAAACGUGCCUCUCCUGGGAAAAAUGCCCCUCGACCCUCAAAUAGGAAAAAGUUGUGACCGAGGCCGCUCUUUCUUAGCUGAAGCACCGCAUUCUCCAGCCACCCUGUCUUGCAGGAACAUUAUCCAAAGAAUCCAGGAUUCUUGCAACCGGAACUCCCCACAGGAAGAAAACAUGAUCUGAGCAGCAGAUAAACGUGGAUCCUUUGUGCACAAUCAUGUAUGUGCAAAUAAAUACCUUGGAAUAAUA